GGAGGUCGGUGCUGUGCGGUGCGAUGCGGUGCUGCUGUGCGCUGCGCUGCGCUGCCAGCAGGCGUGCUGAGGAGCUCCGGGCAGAUUAGCAGUACCUUCAAGAAGAAAUCCGGACUUCGGACAUGUCAGACCCUGCUGGGAAGGGACAAGGAAGGAAAUUUGUUUCUCUUUGGACUUUGUUGUCCAGCCCCAGUGUUAAAGACAACGAGGAUGCUCUGACUGAAUUCUAAAGCUUUCAAAAUGAAGAGGCAUAAGCUUCCCUACAGGUGUCCCACAAGAAGGAAGAUCCUGAUCCUGUGUUUCACGGGGUGGGUGAUUGCACUCCUGAAGCUCCUCCAUGUUGAAAGACACUUUUUUCCACCUAAGAGCAUUUAUUUGGUUGAGCACUUCUUGAGCACUUCUUCUUAUGUUAGAAACAGAUAUUCCUAUCUCAGAAACCACUUCCAGUAUGAAAUUAACUGUUCAUCGAUAUAUGAACAAGAUCCCCAGGAAAUCGGCAAGAGUUUGGAGAUAAGAAGGAAGGAUAUAAUUGAUUUAGAAGAUGAAGAUAUCAUUGCAAUGACCAAUGAUUGCGACAUGUAUCGUACACUGAGGAAAUACCACCUGAUACCUGUUUCUCCAGAGGAAGAGAGCUUUCCAAUAGCCUAUUCUUUCGUUGUCCACAAAGAUGCAGUGAUGGUUGAGAGGCUCAUACAUUCACUGUACAGCCAUCAAAAUAUAUACUGCAUUCACUAUGACCAAAAAGCAGCUAAAAGCUUUAAAUCUGCUAUGAACAAUCUAGCUAAAUGUUUCCCCAAUAUCUUCAUUGCGUCAAAGCUGGAGAUGGUGAACUACGCGCAUAUUUCAAGACUGCAAGCAGAUUUAAAUUGUUUGUCUGAUCUGAUGGACUCUGUGGUUCCCUGGAAGUAUGUUAUUAACUUGUGUGGCCAAGAUUUCCCUUUGAGAUCAAAUUUCCAGUUGGUUGCUGAACUGAAGAAACUCGGUGGGGGAAACAUGCUGGAAACUAUAAAGCCAAGUAGUAGCAAAAGAGAACGAUUUACUUAUCAUUAUGAACUUAUGAAAGUGCCUUACGAAUACAUGCAGAUGCCUGUGAAAACCAACAUUUCCAAGGACCCACCACCUCAUAAUAUUGAGGUAUUUGUUGGCAGUGCCUAUUUUGUUUUAAGUCGAGCUUUUAUUCAGUACACCCUUAGCAGCUCUCUUGUAAAAGACUUCUUUGACUGGUCGAGGGAUACUUACUCUCCAGAUGAACAUUUCUGGGCCACUCUUGUGCGUGUUCCUGGGGUGCCCGGGGAACUUUCAAGGUCUGCCCAAGACAUCACAGACUUGCAGAGCAAAACUCGUUUGGUGAAAUGGAAUUAUCUUGAAGACCAUUUGUACCCUCCAUGCACUGGCACCCACCUUCGUAGUGUUUGCAUCUACGGGGCGGCAGAAUUAAGAUGGCUUAUGAAUUAUGGGCAUUGGUUUGCCAAUAAGUUUGACUCCAAAGUAGAUCCUGUCCUGGUAAAAUGCUUAGCAGAAAAACUGGCAGAACAACAGAAAGAGUGGGUUUAUUUGUCUUCUGACAAAUACUUUCUGCGUAUCAAUCCUACAAAUGCUUCUCUAUAGCAGUGGUGUUCUUCUAGCUACCGGUGCUGUAUACUGCUGUAUUUUAGAGCCUGGGAUUCUCUGGCCCUGACCUGCUGCAAGGAGUUCCUUCUGCAUUAAGUUCAGGACACUGAAGAGAGAGCUAUCUGGACACUGUUUGUGAAGUUAGCAACUCUCCAUUUGACAGUUUUUUCACUUGCCACAACAGUCCCGUAACUAUUCUUCAAGGUAAUUCUUGGAGGGCAAGGCCUGCUUUUGGAGACUCUGGUACUGUCUAACCUAAUGGAAUACUUAAGAAACCUGUUUUACAUUGUGUGCUCGUGUCUUUCUUAAGAAACCCCACCAUGCUUGUAUGCCUGUCCCCUUUUCCUGCACUUUUUCAUUAAGGUAUGAAGCAAAGACCUCUGCAUCUGCUACCUCAGGAAAACUGGAAGUGCAGAGCUUGCAGACACAACUAUGAGCAGUGUGACUUCCCUGGACCAUGCAGCCCCUGCUGUGGCCUGGAUUGCCCUGAUCCCCACCUGCAGGUGCUGACAGGGCUGCGAUGGGAGCACUUCUGGGUGGCACAAGGGAAGAAGUACCCUUGGAUGCCACAAUAUCAUUAUGUCCUCCCAGCUUGGCUGUGCAUUGUUUGUCUUUCUGGAGUCUGUGUUUGAGGCUGUGCUGUGCCUGUGGAAUGGUUGGUGGUGAAUUGAAGCAAUCUGUGUCAACACGUGCGAAUAAUGCUCUACUAUUCUUCAAGGGCAGUACAGGGAACCAUGCCAGAAGAUGUCUGCCUCCAUUCCUAGCCCAGUCCUUCUGAGACAGUGUUUUUACAUGCAACGGGUAACUAGUGCUAUUUGCAAUCAGUAUUCAGCAGGGUGGUGCUAUGCUGAAAUUCAAAACAUGCUAUGUCCAGCAGCAAUCAUACGAACAGUCACUGCACCGCAGGAAGGGGCUGGGCAGCCUCGCUCAGCUGGGCUCUCAUGUAGAAUGAGGGAAGUGUUGGUCAGCACAGAAACCUUUGUGACAAAGAAAUGCCCUUUGGCAUUUCUGGGGAUUCUCCACAAUUUUGCUGUGCUACCAGCUCAGUUCUGGUGGUUCCAGUGGGCCUCAUGGUCCAGCUUGCUCUGUGCCAUUUCUGCAUAUCUAGUGCUUAUCAAGGGGCCUCUUCUCAUGAGUGGCUUCAGGUAUCUGGUUUUAUUGAUCCUCAGAUUGCCACAACAAUGAUCAUGUCCUGUUCCCACAAAAAAGCAUAGCUUCUUAUUUGAGUUUUCGGAACCAACUCAUUCCUUUGUCUCAGUUUCUUGAAAAAUCAGCUUUUUAAAAUUCAGUCAGAGUCAACAUGAUUAUGGCUCGAGUUUGAGCUUGCAUGAAGAGUCAUGGACCUUUUCCUUAUUUGUGACACUGAUUUUCCUUUGAGUCUUCAUCUGACUUUUCUGUUCCAGCUGUAAAAUGGGAACUGCUUGACAACUGCUACCUUGUCAAGCAUUUAGAAACCUAUGGAUGUUUGUCAUGGGCUGGUUGCACAGUGCUAAUUGUUGAUCAAAGUUAUUUAUGAUUAAGUCUGUGUGUGCACAGGUUGAUUAUUUCUCUUAUGUACUGUUUCUCAAAUAAAUGGGGAUUAUUUUUUAUGUC